CAAUGGGAGGACAUGGAGGCCACUGCAGACGGCAGAGACAGUUUCCUCGCACUUGCCUAAGGACAGGCACUGUACUUCCACAGUAAUGCAAGGAGGAUUUCCAAGGAGGGACUCUCAAAAAUCACUAAGGCUUUCUUUGUGGCAUUUGCGGAUUCUUCUCCGCUGUGUCUCACAUUUGCCUUGCACGGGCUGCUCUGAAACGUCUGGGAUGCUCUGACUGGAAUUAAAGGUUGAGACGAUGUCGGAAGAGGCCCAAAAUAGAGUAGAUGAGGACUUUGAGUCUGAGGAGGGUGAUUUGGAGUCCUAUCUAGAGGAAGAGAGUAGCAGUGAGCUUUUGGAGCGAGUGAGAGAGCUUCAAGCAGAGAACUCUGCCCUUUCAUUAGCAAACGAGAGUCAGAGAGAAGCAUAUGAACGGUGCUUGGAUGAGGUGGCCAACCAUGUUGUCCAGGCUUUACUCAAUCAAAAGGAUCUCAGAGAGGAAUGCAUCAAGCUGAAAAUGCGUGUUUUUGAUUUGGAGAGGCAGAACAGAACACUGUGUGAGCUUCUGCAGGAGAAACUGCACAGUCAGUCUUGUGUACAUCAGCAGCAGCCAGGACCCUGUCUGGAGCACAUUAGUGAGCUACAGCAGAGUGAAUCUACCAAACUGAUUGAGGCUCAAAGGAAUGCACAGGCAAAGGGUAACAGCGAAUGUGCACAAAAUUGCAUACCUGAGACUCAAGGCUCAUCCACGUCCAUGGAGGCCAUGUCCCCAUUUUUGAAGAAGAAAGCACACAUUUUGGAGGUCCUUCGCAAGCUUGAAGAAACAGAUCCACUUCGGUACCACCGUUCCUCUGGCAUUCCCUCCAUCUGUGACUACAGCCAGGCUCUUGCCUCUAAGGAGGCUGUAUUAGCCUGCAGAGACAAUACAUCCAGGUGCAAUGCACCCAAAGCACAUUGUUCCCAUUCCUGUCCAGAUGUUUGCACACAUCAGCAUUUGAAUGGAGGAGAGCACAGCAAUGUAAAGUGUGGUAGUUGUAGCACAUGUUUGAUGCUGUCCAAUAAAGAUUCCGUCAGCUUAGCCAAGAGUGGCCACAGCUGUUGCACUUCAACCCCCAUUACCAUUGAUAACCUCAAUUUGGCUCGACCCGAUUUCCAAGAGAAUGUGGAAAUGCAGAGCCUCGUGAAACCUGCCACAGGUACAAGUGAAGUGUUUGUAAACAGGGCGUCUGGAGAUAUGUCGAUUCUUUCAGCAGAGCAAGAUCUUAUACAGUCAAUUGAUCCUCACUCAUUAGAAGCCCCUGAAUCAUACUCAAGAUUGACCAUUUCAGAAAGAGAUCAGCCAAGAGGAGUCUCUGACCAUGUGUUGGUAGAAACAAGAGAAAAGCAUAGGUUGUCAGAUCUUCUCCUUGAGUGUCAAUCCAACAGGUCGAGCAGCAGCACCUGUAAUGAGACUAUUUGUGAAGAUGGCACAAUUGAUGUGGUGCUGCUAGACUCAGAUUUAAAGCACUUACAUGCUAUAGCACCACAAAGGCUUGAUAAAGAAGAGUUUGCGACAAAGGAUGACUCUGACUGUGUCUGUCAAACCAACAUAGCCACCUCAAAGCUGCCUACUCUUGGACUAAAAGACACACACUGUGAGAUUGACAGCAGCGAACAGGUCCACAAAGGUCUGUUGUUUUCUCCCAAUGAGAAUCAUACUGCCUCAAAAGUACUAGAUGAUAUCUCUGUACCUGUAAAAGACACCCCAUCUGACCCUCAGUCCAUUAGAUCGAAAGUUGCAGUCAGCCCGAGUCAAGUUUCCUGCCUUAGAGAGGUCAAGGCCUCACCCUCCAAACUGCUCAAGUUCCUUAAGAUCCCCACUAUUGGAGAACGUACCGCAGUACCUCCACCUCGUCUCAGCCCUCAGUUGACAAGAAGCUCAAAGAUUCCUUGCCGGAGCAACAACUAUGAGGUGCACAGUUCGCCUGUAGCCACACGAAAAGCCACCACGACAGAAAGGCAAAGACAGGUGACCCCUCCAAAAUCAGAGUCACAUUCUGCUCCAACUUCUCCACCCCAGCCUGAUGAUGUCCCCACACCUUUGCCAAAGGAUCUUGGUUGUGGUAUUCCUAAAACAAGUCGUGUAGCUAAGCCUACACAAAGUACUCCCAUUCAGAAAACCCCUCAGAAAAUUCCACACUAUGAAAAUGUAUCAGACAUCUCCAAAACGAGCAACACUGAUGUAUCCCAGCUGCUUGGAGAAGUGAGCUCAUCUCUUCAAAAUUCCAGCCCUGCUAAUGAAGGUGCAAAAGGAAAGCAGACAAAGUUUGGUGUAGAGAGACCAACGAGUCUUAAGCAUAAGGAGAUCUCACCAGAGUCUGAUUCCUCAGACCAAGAGGACAGCUCCGAGAGCCCAGUGUGGCAUAAGCAAGUCAAUCAUCGCAGUCUGCCUAGUCAGUCAUCCUCCCAGAAGGCUCAGACUGGGAUAAGCACUAGAUCAAGGAGCCAAGAGAAAAAUGAAAUGGCAGAUAAUGAUUCACAGAGCUCAGAAUCACCUUUUAAAAGGAGCGAUCCACCGCCUGUCCCUAAAAAAUCAGGGAUUGGAAGACAUUCAGGUGAAUCAAGUCAUUCCUUUAAAGAACGAUUGGCUGCACUUGGCAAGUUGAGGAACCCAGAUGAGUCUGCAGCCUGUCCUCCACUUGCAGAGAAGAAAGAAAUCCAGUCUGUUGCAAGCAUACCAACAAGAACCACAGAUAAAAGCAAAACUGCUGACAGAAACUCUGAUUGCAAGUCAGGGGAGUAUAGACUUCCUAAAAACACAGAUUCCAUUGAGGACAAAUCAUACCAUUCAGGUCAUUAUGAUGGUGCUGUUUCAAAACAACCAGGAGCCUUCCAGCAUGUUGAGCAAACUGUCAGGUCUCUUCCGUCCAACACGUUAAUCUCAAAACUUGAACACGAAUCCCCUAGAACAUUCAUAGCCAAGCAAGAGAGCCCGAAAUCUAAGAUGCACCAACCAUCUGCUAAUCUAGAAGCAGCACAGGCAUUGCGUAGCUAUGCCAAGAGCACAACUCCCCAUAGCCUUUCAUAUAACGGAAAAAAUGUUGCUAGUCCCCAUAGUAGCAGCCCCAAUAAAAUCCCUCUCAAGUCACCAACUAAAACUGUGCCACCCUCGAUGAACCGAGAAGGGAAACCUACUCCAGAAUUUCAGAGGUACAUGUCCAAAUCUGAAGACAGGAGCCAUCUCAGGGCCAAUAAAAAGAAGACAUCUUCCUAUGGAGAGAGUCUUCCUCCGCCGCCACCAAGGCCGGUAGAGGCCGUUGAAGAAAAGAGGCACUCAGCCCCCAGCCCUCAGUCUUCUAUCGAGCAAAAGGUCAUGAAGGGCAUUGAGGAAAAUGUGCUGAAGCUGCAAGAGCAAGACAAAGGGCAGAUGGUCGAGGUCAAGCAAAAGGCUUCCAAUGGAAUCGCUAACUGGUUUGGUCUCAGAAAAAGCAAGCUUCCAGCUCUUAGCCGUAAACCAGAAACAUCGAAAGUAAAAGAUGACAAGAGAGAAUGGAAACUCAAUAUAUCCAAGGAUUCCAAGGGGGCUGCGAAGAAACCUGAGAGUGAGAGCCUAAACAUUUCAAUGCUGAUUGAGAAGGCAGAGGGCUUGCAUAAAGCUCUUGAAGAAGAACGGGCUUAUGUGAAUGGAGUGGCCUUGGACCGUCAAGGAAAGGGACAUUCAUGUGAGGUGGUGAUGGACCAAGCCCAAGGUCAGCUGUCUGUGAUGUACAGAGGAGUGCCAUCUGACAACUUCAUGCAGCAACUUCUGAACCGGGUUGAUGGGAAGGAUACUAGUGGCAUCAGUAUGGCACAUAGACGCCUGUCAUUUGACUGUAAAUCCAGACCUGUUUUCAGUCACCAGAGUGCUGCCAUUGCCAGUCAGACACGAAGCAGUGAUGACAUGGAAAAGGUCUCUGCAUUACUAAGUAAAGAUGUCACGUCGGAUGAUAACCUGGCUGAGACAAUUCAUCAUGAACACUUUGCAGGAUCUGGAAUCUCCACACACACUCUUGACAGCGGCAUCGGCACCUUCCCUCUUCCAGACUACAGUGCAAAUGCUGGUUGUAAAAGCAUACCAAAAGGAAAGGCCCACGGGGAGAGCGACCCUUCUCACUUCCAGCCCAAACACGCCUCAGGGAUGAAGAUGUCCCACAAGGCCUGGACUCUGGAGAGAGAGUUGUCAUCAUUAGAGGAGGAUUAUAUGGGCGGUCAAGACAUGGACCAUCACACCAGCACUAUAGAAAACAAGAUUCCCUCCGGCCAGAUCGCAAACAUAGUUCAUGAUGGCACUGAUAUCUGUGGAGCGCCUAUGAAAUUAGGCCCCACAAAGAACUGGACUUUCCCAAACCUCAAAGCAUCUGCAGAGUCGACUGAGGUUUAUCUGGGUGUUGGAGACGCAGUGGAGCCGGUGACUCACAAGAGUUCAUUUAAGAGGCGCAACAAGACUAGUGAUUCAGUGGCCAGUCGUGAGGGAGAUCCCAGAAGUCUUCCUCAGCCCGGUCAGACACGCAGAGGCAAGAGCCGAAUUCCUGCAAACCCUGAGCUGGUCCGGGACACUGGUCUGGAGCUGGUGAGAGAGCGACCCGAUGACGGCCUGUCCCCAAACCACCCGCAGGUCCUGGAGACGCCCGAGUCUCUGAGCGAUUCCCUCUACGACAGCCUGUCCUCGUGUGGCAGUCAAGGCUGAGUGAAUGAUAACCAGGUACCAUCCCUUUUUUUUCAAAUCCCCCCAUCCCUUGGAUUCUUGUGACGCUUCAAAUAUAUUUCGAAGGUGGACGCUUACAGGAUAACCCAUUUUUUUGACCGAGAAAACCCCCCUGCUUACACAAAAUACCCACGUUUCUAUCCUGAUGGUCGGACUUCUUUUUUUUUGAUCCAGUGUGUUUGUGGUGGUGUCAUUUUAGCCAUUAUAUCGACUUUCAUCAUCUCAUUCGUGCUCUCUGUUUCAAGUGGUAGCAAAAGUAGUGACGUUCCGCUCAUGUUGUCGUUCGGUUACAUUUUCGAGAACGAAAUUCAAGCUCAGUCUUCCAGUUUUUAAUCUCACAGAAUGUUCUGGUUCUCAUCGGUGCACACAUCUUUGGUAACAUUUGUGUAAAGUUAUUGGAAAGUGAAUGUUAAUAUAUGUGAUUUUUUUAUUAUUAUUAUUAUUAUUAUUGUUAAUUUAAUAUGCAUAUUUCAUGAUAAUAAAGAAAAAGCAUUUGUGUAAAACUCGCAUCAGCCGUAGAUUUUGAUUCAUUGUGUUUAAAAGAAAAAAAAAACAAGUAGCAGCAACACACAGUAAGUGCGAUCCAUAUAAGACAGAGCUACAGUGUUCCAUGGUGAAUUAUAUUUAUUUAUUUUCUUUGAAUAGUGUGGUAAGACAAGACCACCCUUUAUUGGUUACUCCUAUUCAAACGUACUGUGCCUGAUAUCUCUUUUUUGUUUUAAUGUUUGUGUACUAGUCUUGAUGUCUGUUUAUAGGUUAGAUUGUUUUCCAGACCAGCCCGUGAUGUUUUGUUUGUUACAUUUUGAUUUUAGGGUGUGUUCACACUUGAACUGGUUCAUUUGAAAAAGUCUGAUCGCUGCCAUCUGAAUCUUGGUGCACACCAAAUGAGCAGACUCUGCUCCGCUUUGACUGAAAUGUGAAUGCAACACCAACCAAAGACAUCUAAACAAGCCAAAAACAGGACAUGAUGUCACAUAGAAAAGACAGAAUGCUCAAGCAAGGAUAGUUUUUUACACCAUAGUCACACGAUGUUGGCUGCUACUAUUCAAGACGGUUUCCGCCACUGAAUUAAAAUGACAGAAAAGGUCAUUUGUUUGACUUUUUUUUUUUAGAAUUACGUUACGAUUUUACAUUUGCGAGUUAUUAGGACAAAACUGCAAGAUAGGGCUGCACGAUUUGGAUAAAAAAAUCGAAAUACGAUUUAUCUGAUCAAAAUUACAAUUUGCGAUUCAAAAUGUGAUUUACUACCAUUUUAUAAAAGAGCUACAAGUUUGAUGUGGUGCUUUUAAAACCCCUUAAACAUGUUGGCCAU